AUGCAGCCCCGACCAACCCACUCCGCAAUAACCACCUUCAUCACCACCCUCCUCCCCCCAAAACCCAACGACGUGCAACUCCUCUACCACGUUCCCCAGCACCCACGAUACGCUCCUGACACUGCGCGCAUAGAUCAAAUAGUCCUAAGCGUGGCCCCCACGCCCGGCGUCUACGACUUCAUUGGCUAUGGACCUCCGAAAGACCCAGCGCCAGCGCAACAUGGCGAGAUGGCUCCUCGCCUACCGCGCACACUGUGUUUCCUGCAUCGCCCAUUUACGCUCGACCGCCGGCGCGUAAGGAGAGGUACACUCGUGCUUGCAAGCCACACGUCGUUUGACGAGAAUCUGACUGUGGGGUGGAACGCCGCAUUGGCCGCACAGCUGGGCAUGGAUCUUCAAACGAGCGACUGCGUGCAGGGUUACAAGGGCGAUCCUGAGAGGAAGAUUGGGAUUGUGGGGCGGACGGCGAUGACAAUGGGAGCCGUGGAUAAAAUCUUACGAGAGCAGUUUGGCCCGUUUGAGUCGCGGCUUGUGGGGUCGGAGGAGGAGCGCAUAGAUGUUGUGGCGAUUAUGAAUGCGUUUAAUCCGGGCGAGGUCGACCGUGUGUUAGACAUAGCAAAGCAGAGAGGGUGGAUAGCGUCUGCAGAGCAGGGAGGCGGCAGGCAUGUGCUGUACCUUACGGGACAGCCACGCGAAAGUGGGAUGGCUGUGGCGAAGGAAUAUGGGGUUCAGGUGGUGUGUGUGGGACAUCGCGCCGCAGAGGAAUGGGGCAUCCGGUAUAUGUCGAGACGGCUGAGGGAAAACUUUCCUGGCGUGGAUGUGAAAGAGAUAUACGAAGAGGAAGAGCCUCGGACGAAGGAUGUACGGAAGGAGGAAGCAUCUCGCGGAUGA